UUAAAAAUUUGUAUGAAGAAAAAUGGAAACUGAAAUUCGACUGACUCGAUUUAAAAAAUAAAAACGUAUGCAAAAACGAUUAAAGAAGAAGAAAGGGGAAACGAUUAAAGAAAGAAAAAUAUAAGUAGACAGUGACAUCAAUAAAAAAGAAAAAAAAAGAAAAGAAAAUUACAAAGUUUAUAAAGGUAGACAUCGAGAGAGAAAACGAUGUUUCAAGUGUACGGGUACCACCCGUAUGAAUGGAAGGGGUAAAUCAUCAAGGACAAGGAGACACGAUGCUAAGAAGAGUGAGAGGGAAGUUAUAGGAAAGUGAAGUGGUGGGAGGAAAACUAUAGAGAAACGAGAGAGAAAAAGAGAGGGAGAGACAGACAGAGAGAGAUAGAGAGAUCGAUAGGCUAAACAUACGUGCCGUCAACGAGGUCCGCCAGUUUAAAACAAGACGUUCGAGGAGAUCUUACGUUUCUCGUGAUCAUCGAAACUACGUUCUUACCUACGUUGUUUACUAUUCAACUAUUGCAGCAUAGUAACAUAUUAUUGUAACUCCAAUCAAAAAAACAUCAUCGUUAUUCGAAAAUAUCAAAUACGAUAUAAAUAAAAGAAAAUAUACAUAGAAAAUAAUUAUUGUACGAAUUGAAAAAUCUCACAAAACUGUCUUGGCUGGUCUAAUAGACAAAACAAAAAGAUAGAAGAUAUAUUUUUAAAAGAAGAAUAAAAGAGAGAGAGAGAGAGAGAGAGAGAAUAAAAGAAGUUGUUAACUUCGUAACGAUAUCCUUGAGUUAAUAUCAGUAAGAAAUAUGUCAUUGAGUUUACUAUGCUAAUUAUUACAAGCUAAUUGUAAUACUAGAAUAGAGAAAGAGAGAGAACGAAACUCCGAUGUUUGCGAAACUCGGCUUUUAAAAAAUAAAAAAAGAAUAGAAUAGAAUUGUACAUGAUGAACUAACUUCUACUUUGAAGAUUUUCAAAAGAAAACUCAAACAAAAACAAAAGAAAAAGACUAGCAACAAAGAUAUAAAUUUUCCAUAGAAAUAAUAACAAUGGAUCUCGUCUAUAUUCCUGAAGUAUUAACCUACGGAUCGUUUAGAAGCCCAUUAUAUCAAGAUUACGAGCAACCUUGGAACAAGAAUUAUUUUGGUCAUGAACAAUCAUCGAAAAGUCAACGUCUCCAACAAAAACCAUCACAGGAAUAUUAUCAACAAAGAAAACAGAUUACGAAGAACUGUCAUUUGUGUCGUGAAAACAAACGACGAAGUCUUGCUCUUUAUAUAAGGGAAAAAUCACGAAGAAGUUCUUGUCAAGAAAUUCAUGAAGAAAUUGAAGAAAUCGAGGAAGAGGAAAAUAAAACGAUAACGAAUGAAAAAAAAGAAUUAAUUGAUAAAACCCAUGACAGUAAUGUAUCGUUUACUGGAAACGAUCAGAGGUUAUGCGAAACGAAAGAAAAGCUUGCAAAUAAAUGCAUGACACAAGAGUGAAACUCCUUAAGGUAUUUGUGCCGUCCAUUAUGUUCGUAUUAAGAUUUUUUCUUCGCAAAAAAAGGAGAAAGAAAGAGAAAGAAAGUUAAUCAUAUAUGUAGAUAAAAAAAAAGCGUAUUAUUUUCUCAUUUGCAAACUUUUUUCUCUUUAUCUUAUCGUAAAUUUAAAAUAUAAGAUUACAUAACCUUGUCAUUUUCACAUUAUCUUAUUCUUGCAUUGUCAACUAGCUUAUUCAACUAUACACAUACAUACGCGCAUACAUACACACAUUCAUUCAUAUAAAUUAGUUAUAUCAGUUAACAUGAUCAUGUUAAUAUUCUAUACAAAUAUAGAAGCAAUCAUUUUGUGCCAAGUUUAACUUUUUUGUUAUCAUUAAAGUAUUCGAAACGAAACUUCAAAUUUCUCCUAACUAUAAUAUUUGAUGUAGAAUACUAUACAAGACUGAAUGAGUAAUGAUCAGUACAAAUAUGUAAAGUUUUGUCCCUUUUUCGAUGAAUCAUAACAAUUGCAAUCAUCUGAUUACUAUUCUCGACAAUAAUAACGAAUUUAAAAUAGCUAAUAAUUUUUCUACAAUUAUAUAUAUUAUAGUAUCUUGUGGCCAUUUUGAAAUAUUCCAUUAAACUUCUAUUUGUAAGGAAAUUAGAAAAAAUAUCUAAAUUUUUUAUGUAUUCUCGAAGAGUUUUAUAUACAUAUUUCACAUUUUGUGAAAGAAGAAAGAAAAAUAUUUAAUUUUUCGCAUUUAACAUCGUUAUUACAUAUACAAAAAAUUAAAUUUUUAACGACGUAAUUAUAUAAAACUCAUAAUACACCAUAUG